GUACACCGGCUGAUACGAGCUGCAAGGAAUUGUGCAAGCGUAAAGAAGGAACUGGUGAUUGUUGGGAUGUUGCUGAAAGGUGUGUUGAUGUUGUUGCUGGUAGUCUCAUCAUCAGAAGGGACGGGAACAUACUGGAAAGCCAUCAACCAUGUAUCCAACCUAAGGAAGAUCAAUCUGGAGAAGGAAAUGUCGUUUUCUGCACUUAAAAUGUUGAAUGAGAGCUUCAACUUCAAGGCCUAUUUAGAGAAAUUUAUUGUACAAAGUUUGACAGACUCUGCAGAAAGUCUACCUGUCUCUCGGAUUUGUCUACAGCAUCUGAACGCAACACUGCGUGCAGUAACGGUGUACCAGGAGAGAUGGGCAUUGAGCAUGCUGGAUGCUAUUGGAAAGCUUCCAAACGGCAUCUUGAAUGGCAACAUCCUGUUGAUGGGGGACUAUGAGGAGUGUGUGAACGUGACCGCCACUCUGUAUGACGGGCCCAACAGGACUCACCCCACCCACCCCUUCAAGGGACAGUACUGCACAACGGGCAUUCCUACUGGACCUCCAGUAUUUGUACCAGGAGAUGUUGGGUCCAACACCAUUCCGGUCAAUGACAUAAGGCUGGGAUUGUGUGUGCCAAGCACCUGCUGCGAAAAGGACAUUACUGCCCUCAUCAACUACACAUUGGCACUGAUACCUGGCAACUCGCGAUUACAGGCCAAUAUCACAGUUUGUCAGAAAGACAGCCUGCCAUGGGACACUAAGGCUAUAGCUGCCAUGGUUUUCUGUGGCGUCCUGUCUGUUGUCGUUCUCCUUGGCACACUGUACGACAUGCUGGUGCUGCAUGAGCUCCAUAGGUACUGCUCUGUGUCCAAGAUCGAGGACGGGGAGGAGGUCACCAAGCUGCUGGCCGAGGGAAAUAGCGACAGUAGUGAUAGCUACGGCACUCACAACAAGACACAUGUGCAAAAUGCCACAGAACCUGGUCUAGGCGCUCGUAUACUGGUGUCAUUCUCCUUGUACACCAAUGCAUCCAAGCUGCUGAGUACACGCAGUCAGGCCGGCAACCUUGGCUGUGUCAACGGGAUCCGCUUUUUCAGCAUUUCCUGGGUUAUACUGGGACAUUCCUACGCGUUCUCGCUUUAUCAGUCAAGAAAUGUGUUUCCAUUCAUCUCAAGUCAGCUUCAGACCUGGAGUUUCAUGGCUGUUGUCAACGCAACAGUCGCCGUUGAUACUUUCUUCUUACUCAGUGGUUUGUUGGUCUCCUAUCUUGGACUGAAGCAGCUCAACAGAGUGGGUGGGGUAAGGAAUCUCAACUGGGCAAUGUUCUACUUCCACAGAUUCUGGAGGUUGACCCCAGCCUAUGGUCUCUUCAUAUUCCUGUAUGUGUCACUGACACGGUACUAUGGCAACGGUCCCUUUUGGCCCCAAGGGGGGUCAGAGUACAAAGAAUGUCAAGGCUGGUGGAUGAAUCUGCUCUACAUUAACAACUUCUUCAAGCCUGAAAAAACUUGUGUCUUAUGGAGCUGGUACCUGGCCAAUGACAUGCAGUUCUACAUGGUCAGCCCUCUCAUGCUCAUACCUCUAUACAUCUCAGGUGUAUAUGGUCUGAUGUCUUGUCUGGCAUUCCUGACCAUCUGCUUGGUGUCUACUGGGGCCAUCUCUACCAUCGAAAAUCUGCCCAUGGGUCUCAUUGAGGGCAUCAAUCUUCCUAGUGCAAAUACUCAGAAUUCAUCUGACAACGGGAAUAAUGGUAUUAGUGACUAUUUUGAUGACUACUACAUCAAACCGUACACCCGUAUUGGACCAUAUGUGAUUGGCAUGUUGCUGGGGUAUUGGCUGUACAAGACUAAUGGAAAGAAGCACAUGAAAUUGGUUGCAGUUUUACUUGGAUGGUUGCUUGCUGCAAUAUGCUGUCUGUCAGUGCUCUACGGUAACUUUACCACUAUCAGUGGCAGGCACAUGCCCUCCAAACAUGAGGUGGCCCUGUACAACUCUGUCCACUCCACUGUGUGGGCCCUGGGAGUUGCCUGGGUCAUAUACGCCUGCUGUACAGGAAAUGGAGGUUUUGUAAACAAACUGCUGUCCUGGUCUCUGUUCAUUCCGCUCAGUCGACUCACCUACCUGGUGUACCUUGUCCAUCCUGUCAUCAUGCUGAUCUUCACAGAUUCACUGCGCCAGUCUAUUUACCUGACUGAGUUUGAUGUGGCCUACAUGUUCCUGGGUCACCUUGUGUUAGCACACGCAUGUGCAUUUGUCCUCACGCUGGCAAUAGAGGCACCCUUCAUUGGGCUGGAGAAGGCCCUUCUUGGACAAGGUCGAAGGCACUGAGGUGGCAGUUGCCAGGAUAUAAUUGCCAAGGGAAGCUGGGGAAGCUAUGUGGAUAUGCAUGCAAUAACUCAUAAGUAGAGUUUCAUGUUAAUUACCAUAAAAGCCAAAAAUGUCUUAUGUUUCGCAGAGCAAGGCUUUUUCAGUUUGAUUUUUGUAUCAGGCAAAAUAUUUACACCGACUUGUAAGAGUAUAAACUAUGUAUAUUAUGUUGCCUGUUUUGAAGAAAUGUCAUCUUUAGCUGGGCCAGUUUGUAGUACUGGAAGCUUUUUAUUCCAGAAGUUAUGUAUCAGUAUAUGUUUAUGCAGAUUUUUUACUAAAAUUUUUUUUUACAUAUUUUUUAAUAGUCUUGAUCAUUACAUUUGUGUUGUUGGUCUUUCCAACAUUGCUAUAGUGGAUUUUUUUAAAUGAUAUGUUUUUUUGCAUCAAACUGAACAUAUGUUUUACCAGUGUAUAUUAACAUUUAUAUUAAAUACUCA